UACUCAUGCAGGCGUACAGCGAGUAUGAACCUGUAUUUCGUGAAAAGAGCAACACAGCUGCUGCAGCAAACGAGAGAGAAACGGCGUGGGAGAAAAUUGUUGCUCGGGUCGCGUGCAAUCCUGUGGGUGAAAAACGCUUGUGGAAGCAGCUGAAAAUGAAAUAUAAGAACAUAGUUCAAACAGCCAACAGAAAGAAGGCAGAGGCCAGGAGAACUGGUGGAGGACCAGCACCACCACCUCUGACAGAGGCAGAGGAGCUGGCCCUGAGCCAAAAUGCAGGAAGGCCAGUGGCUGAAGGAAUCCCUGGAGGGAGCUCUUCCUCUAAGCCAGCCACAUCACAGGACACAAGUGCCUUCAUAAGAUAUUCUGAUGGUGUUCUCACACUCGUGGACCCUCAUGUCACAGCAGAAGUCCUUGAAGCUAAGGAAACAGACGAAGAGGACACAUUGUCUGCUGCCACAGAAAGGGAUCCAGAGAGGCCUACAGAGAACAUGGCUGGGCAACAGGAGGAGGGUCCAUCAACUUCAACAGCACAGAUGAACACAUUACCUGUGAAGGACCUUUACAAGAUGCAUCUGAUACAGCAAAUGAAAAAAAUGGACCUUGAACUGGCAUUGUUGGACUGCCAGAUUAAAAAGACGGAUCUGGAAAUCGAAAUCCUCAAACACAAGGUGGAUGGGGUCCUCAUCAGGGUCCUCUACAUGUAG